AUGGGAGACAGCGGGGGAGGCACCGAGGUCACAUACGAUUCGCUGGAGCAUGUCCUGAGGAAUGAUACCAAGGUCAAAGUCGCCGGCAUCGACAUCGAUGGCGUCCUCCGCGGCAAGCUCAUGUCCAAGAAGAAGUUCCUGGGGAUCGCAAAAGAUGGCUUCGGCUUCUGCUCCGUCAUUUUCGGCUGGGACAUGCACGAUCAGACAUACUUCAAGGAAUUGAAGAUCAGCAAUGCCGAAAAUGGGUACCACGACAUCAUUGCCGUGCCGGACUUGAGCAGCUUCAGGAGAAUACCUUGGGAGGACGAUGUGCCCUUCUUCCUCGUCAGCUUCCUUGAUCCGGACCAUCGAGGUCCAAUCAGUGCCUGUCCGAGAGGCCUGCUCAAAACCGCGGUCGAGAAGUUGGAAAAGCAAGGCCUGGGGGCGAUGGCUGGAGCUGAGUACGAGUUCUUCCAGUUCAGAGCGCCUGUCAACAACGCGAUAGAUCCCAAAGAACGCAACUCGUCCUCUACCGCAAAGUUCCUCCAGGAGAACUCGCACAACGCGCUUCCACCUCUCACAGAAGGCAUGUUUGGCUACAGCCUGACGAGGCCAGUCCAUAAUCAAGAGUACUACUAUGGCAUCUACGACGCUUGCGAGAAAUUCGGGUGCGGGAUUGAAGGGUGGCAUACCGAAAGUGGUCCUGGAGUCUUUGAAGCAGCCCUCGAAUUUGGGGAGGUCAAGCAGAUGGCGGAUAAAGCUGGGCUGUUCAAGUCGGUGAUGCCCGGAGGCCCUCCACAUUCCCGCACUGCUAAGAACCAUGCAGAUACGUCGUCAAAUCCUUGGGCAGUAAAUUUGGCAUCACCCCCUGCUUCAUGGCCAAACCCCCGAGAAGGCCUUCCUGGCAAUUCUGGCCAUAUGCACCUGUCGAUCGUUGACAAGUCAGGCAAGAACAUGUUCUAUCGUGGGUCGAAGGAUCCCCACCCUCCAUAUCAGGACCUUGAAUACCUCUCUGAUAUGGGACGUCACUUCCUAGCUGGUCUAUUAGAUGGGUUACCAGAUGUCAUGCCUAUUGUUGCGCCUACCAUCAACUCUUACAAGCGACUCGUCGAGAACUUCUGGGCCCCUGUGACCGUAUCGUGGGGACUGGAGCAUCGAGCUGCUUCAAUACGACUGAUAGCGCCACCGACCGCAAGUGCAAAGGCUACGAGGUUCGAAGUACGUGUUGCCGGCGCGGACGCCAAUCCCUUCCUCGUGCUGGCAGCCAUUCUCGCCCUCGGUUGGCGCGGCGUGGAGAAGAAGCUGGAGAUCAAAGUGCCGCCUCUGGGCAAGGGGCAGAAUGUUGGAGGUGCAUCAGAUCAAGGGGUGCGCCUUGCAAAAGGAUUGAAGGAGGCUACGGUGCAGAUGAUGAGGCGGGAGAGUGUGGCCAGGGAAGUCUUUGGGGAUGAGUUUGUGGAGCACUUUGGAGGCACGAGAGAACAUGAGAUCAGGCUAUGGGACGAAGCCGUCACUGAUUGGGAAUUCAAAAGAUACAUUGAGACGGUUUGA